CUCAAAGCUUGAGUUGGAACACCAAAUACUUCCCCCCCAAGAAACUCAAACCCUAACUUCCUCCCCAAGAAACCCAAAACCCUUUCAAGAGAAAAAAGAGAAGAAUGAAGUCCGAUCAGAACGAGAUCGUCGGAGGAGGAAAAGACGUCGGUGCUAUGAACAAACGGAUAGCAAUAUUCGACUUCAUACUGAGGAUUAUAGCGUUCUUAAACACUAUUGGCAGUGCCAUUAUCAUGGGAACCACCAAUGAAACCCUCCCUUUCUUCACCCAGUUCAUACGUUUUCGUGCCGAGUAUAACGAUCUUCCGGCCUUGACGUUCUUCGUGGUUGCAAAUGCUGUUGUCAGUGGUUACCUUAUCCUGUCUCUGGCUCUGUCCUUUUUCAACAUUCUCAAGAACAAUGCCCAAAACAGUAGAGUUCUACUCAUCUUCCUCGACGUGGCGUCGUUGGGUCUUCUGACGGCUGGAGCAUCGUCGGCAGCAGCCAUAGUGUACUUAGCACACGAGGGGAAUAACAGAACGAACUGGUUUGCCAUCUGCCAACAGUUCAACUCUUUCUGCGAACGUAUCUCUGGUUCUCUCAUCGGUUCCUUCAUAGCUGUCGCCCUUUUCGUACUUCUGAUUCUCCUUUCGGCCAUUGCCCUUUCCCGGAGCCGCUGAAACUAUCAUCUAUCUGUUUGUUUGAAUAUACGGGUUGGUGUGUAAAAAUGUGAAAAAAUUCGAUCUUCAGUUGUAUCCUUUUGUAUCUGUUUUCAGCUCCUUUUUUUCUCUUCUCUUUCUCUUUCGCGCCUUUCCCUGUCGCUUAUGUAACGGGUCGCUGAAUCAAAGUUGUGUUUCAUCGUC